CCUCCCUCGUGGCUCCAAUCGUCGUGGGUAUCGCUUCGCAAGUAGAAGGCGUCCACGUGCCAUUGCUCUUUCCGUUUCCCUUCAUAUCAAGACUCCGAUCCAGCUUUCACCGUCUCUGCUUGAUUGCUCUGCCAAAGGAAAGCGAUCGAUGGGCAAGAUGAAGAACUUGUUAGCUAUGAGCACUGAUUCCCAAGACGAAGCCCUUCAACUGAUCAACUCCGAUUUCCAGGAUCUGAGUCGCGCCGCAAGAAACCUCGCCCACCAUGCCAUCAAACUUGGUGGCCUCGGCUUCGGCACCUCUUUCCUUCAGUGGGUCGCUUCCAUCUCCGCCAUCUACUUGUUGAUUCUGGAUCGUACAAACUGGAAGACAAACAUUCUUACAUCGCUAUUGAUCCCAUACAUUUUCUUUAGUCUUCCUUCGUUAAUUUUUGGCUUCUUCAGGGGAGAGUUUGGGAAAUGGGUAGCUUUUAUUGCUGUUGUGUUACGGCUUUUCUUUCCAAGGCAUUUCCCUGAUUGGUUGGAAUUGCCUGCUGCUUUGAUUCUGCUUAUAGUUGUGGCUCCAAGUCUAUUCGCCAGCACCUUGAGAAGCAUGUGGAUUGGCGUGGCAAUAUGCCUUCUCAUUGCAUGUUACUUACUGCAAGAACACAUUCGAGCUUCUGGUGGUUUCAGGAAUUCUUUCACAAAAGCUCAUGGCAUAUCAAAUACAAUCGGCAUAAUCAUCCUGUUGGUCUAUCCUGUUUGGGCAUUGGUACUCGACUUUGCAUAAAUGCAACCUUGAACAGUUCUUGGGGUUUGGCUGUUGUCUUUGUAUUGAAAUGAUUAUUGUUCCUCUGUGGAUCAUUCAUUUGUUUGAAGAUGAGACUUGUUUAUCCCAAGAGUUUGCAUGUGUAAAAAUGUGAAAUCAGUUGUUAUUCAUAGACUUUUGGCAUCAUUGAAUGUAAAAAUAUGGCGGAGGAGGGUUGUAUUGUCCUCUCAGCUUCUAGUGUUGAUGGAAAUAAAUCAUAUAUUAUCUGUUAAAA